GCACCCUGGCAACCAUAACGCGUUAGAGCUGUAUGCAGCUCGUUGUUCAGAUGCGUACAAUUGAAAAUGUAUAACGUUUAAAAUAUGUUAGUCUUUUACCACUAGACUUAAAUUGAAGACUAUUUGAAAGUAUACCGCUGCAGUAACUACCUGCAAAUGAGUUUCGAGGCAAAGCGAUGUGGAGUGCAGUUCAGUCCUCCCUCCAUAGUUUUAAUUUAUCAACAAAAGGAAACCAAAGAUGUGCGAAAAAGAAUAAUACCUGUGCGCAACUUCUCAAAAUAUUCUGAUUGUAGCAUGGCUGCAGAGGGUCUGAAAAACCACCCUCGGCACAAAGACUACCUGGAGGGUGUAUCCCAGAGCCAGCUGGAGAAGCUUCACAUCAUCCUGCGAGAUCACAUGCAAGGCCUCAGCUUGGAGCACAGCCUGGCCUCGUUCCGACUGGACCCCGAUGAAGACCUGAACCAACUGGAUGACGAUAAGCUGGCUCGCAAGAAGGGCAAAAUGGACGAACUGUUCGAGAAGAACCGGAAACACAAGGAUGACCCAGACUUUGUUUACGACCUCGAAAUGGAUUUCACCAAGACCACCCAAGAAAAGUGCAGCUGGGAUGAAGAGUCUGAUGAUGGAUUUUAAAACUCUGUUCUCAAAUACUUUCUUUGACCUUUAAGACUGCAAAUCACCCAACAAACUGAUACUCUAUUUAAAAGAAAAUCUGAGACAGCUGAAUUUUACUACAACUACCAUCUAAAGUCAUACAGUAGUAACAUGGGGAACUCCAAAGGAAAUAUCUUUUAUACACUGAAGUAUAUACCUGCAUUGCUAUUUUGGAGGUAUACAUAUAUAAAACUAAUGCUACAGAUCUGCAAUAAGUUCUACCUUCAUUAGAAAUCUAAUAAUACAUCAGUCUUUAGUGCUUAUGAGUUUUUAAAGAUGCUUAUAUACACAUUUGGAUAAAAUAAAAUAAAGCGGUUUUAAAUAAAAAAACAUUACAUUUAGGCAGUUACAGGUAUAGUGCUUGUCAUUGGCCCAACCUGUUAACAUCAGUGAGGGUAGAGUAAAUAUAAUUCAGACAAGAGCAUUCAAAAUGUAAAUUACAUUUAAACAGUUCCAACAAAUAAUGACCAUUAGAACCUUCAUAAAGGUUUGCUGAUGUACUGUUGUAUUACAUUUAAUUUGUAAUUAGACAUACCUAAUCAAAAUGCAUGUUUCCAUAGUUUUGCAACAGCUACAGCUUGAUAGGAGUAGAAGGGAAUAGUGUCUGAGAAGUAGAAUAAGACUCCAACUACAGAAAGACAUUUCAGUAUUCAGUCAACAUUUGAUGCGAUUAACAAACAGCAGCCGUAAAGACAGUAGGUACCUGCAUUUGGUACCACCGGGGAUAAUACACGUUCACAAUUAAAACAGCAACAAAUUAAAAUAUGCAUCAUUAAUAGCAAAUAUUUAUUUGUUAUAAAAUACAGAAUUUUACAAAAUACAAA